CACUGGGCUAAGCAUCAGAGAGCAUUCUGUUGUCAUUUUGACUCCUACAAUCGAACUUGCUCUUCCAUCACAGUAACGACGAGACUUACCAGCUGAGGAAGAGGGGAGGGGGAUCUCACGAGACUUGAAAGCAAACCGAAGUGAGGAUGGUGCUCAUGCAGAGGUUAUUCCUGCUGCUUUUGGCCACGGUGGCAUUUGCAAAACAUGCGACAACGGAAGAGCAACUUGAAGAAAAUGCGAUCGCGGGAGAGGACGUAAGUGUAGAGGAUGCGACUGCGGAAGAGGAGACAAGUGCAGAGAAUACGAUAGCAGAAGAGGAACCACUUGUAGAGAAUGCGAUAGCGGAAGAGCCACUUGAAGAGAAUGUGAUAGCGGAAGAGGAGGCACUGGCAGAAAAUGUAAUGACGGAGGAGCCAAUUGCAGAGAAUGGGACAGCGGAAGAGAAUGUAUCGAAGGGCAUCGAUGCUAGCAUGAUGAAAUUGUUUGGGAACGAAACCAACGGCACCAUGUCCUACGAAGAAUUCGAGGCGAAGACCUUCUGCGGGAACAAAGUCAAUGAUUGCCACAAAUCAGGUGGAGUCUGCAUGACGUCACAUGGCAUCAAGAGCUUCGGAUCAUCCGGCAGUCACUGCUCCUCGACCAAGACCUUCUCCUCCGGAAACUGCCAGACUUGUCACUGUUGCAUUGGGAUGAGGUGCUCACAAACCAAAGCCUGCCAGGAUUGCGGUGGAAAAUGUGACAACAAGUGUUCUACUAUCCAACGUCCCUACGACAACUUAUGCGGUCACGGGAGUUGUCUGUGUUGUCUAUCUCCUUGCGAGAAUUCUCCCGCCUGCCAAGCCAAGGGGGGCCGUUGUAUGGAUGACAGGAUUGUCUGCGGUGGAUACGCAACAAAAGACUGUGCUGGUGCCUUCUGCAAGUGCUGUGUAAAUCCGCCACCACUCACUAAGCCUCCUCCCAAACCCGAAGUCUGCCAUACAACUUCGGAAUGUAAGCACAAAGGGGGCUACUGUUGCGGCCGUGCACACUGUACAAGUGGACAUUUCGUCAAGAGACACUGUAGUGGAGGGUAUGACUGUGGUUGCUGUAUAGACCGUCCAGUUCCUGAAGUCUGCAAAACAACUUCGGAAUGUAAGCACAAAGGGGGCUACUGUUGCGGCCGUGCACACUGUACAAGUGGACAUUUCGUCAAGAGACACUGUAGUGGAGGGCAUGACUGUGGUUGCUGUAUAGACCGUCCAGUUCCUGAAGUCUGCAAAACAACUUCGGAAUGUAAGCACAAAGGGGGCUACUGUUGCGGCCGUGAACACUGUACAAGUGGACAUUUCGUCAAGAGACACUGUAGUGGAGGGCGCGACUGUGGUUGCUGUUUGGAUAAGCCUGAGCCACCUCAUCCUUCAACUUGCCAGGAGGAACGAUCCUGCACAAGAGCUCAGGGCAAAUGCAAGUCGAGAUGUCGGUCUGAAGAGUCCGAAAUACACGGCGGCUGCAGAGGAAGUGGAUGCAAGUGCUGUGCCCCCAAAUCGCACCCAUCCCCGUAUGGCCAUUAAAUCUUCCGCUAUGAUGAUGAUGAUGACAACUAGAACUUUGUGAUGUAAGUGGAUUAUGGAGGAGUAUACCACCAUCUUUCCUCCCAGAACGUACCAAGGAAAACAUCUGUCUUUCAAGAAAAACUCAAAUAAUCUUGUCCGUUGAAGAAUUUGACACAAAUUGUUAUUUAUCAUUCUCUCUUUUGUUCCUCCGUCCUCUACUCAGUACAAAGUACCUCGUGUGGAUGGUUUCCAGCCUUCAUGUUGUCCUACUCCUUGUUGAUUUUUCCCUGCUUUGCACAGUUAUGGAUAACUUCACAAAAUAAAAAGAAAACAUAAACCUGCAGGAAAAAAUUCAGGUGAAGCAACUAAACAAGGCCUGGCUCAUGAUAUGCGGGAAGUAAAAAAAAAGAAAAAAAAAACUGAAGGAAUUGCUGAUCAGCGAAGAGGAAAAGCCACUGUAGCACAAGAAUGAAGAUAAUAAAAGAAGGGUUGUCGCACAAUACGAAUGGGAGUAGAUAAAAGAAGAACAAUACGAAUUGAGGGAAACAGAAGAGCCAGCACCGAGUCAAGAUGAAAACUUUAAUAGUCUAUGUUUAAUGUGCAUUUUGUACCUGUGUCUGAGGAAAUGGAAACAAUUGUUAGGGAAAUAUAAAGCUUACAUGAACAUUUACAAAAUUAUUACUGAUUUUUUUUUCAAAUUAUGACACUGCCAUGUUUGGAAUAUGGAAUGUAAUGCCCAAUCUUUAUUACUUUGAUUAUCUUGAUAGACGCGCUUUUGUUGAAGUUUAUAAUGAACUUACUUUUGUUAUGUUACAUUAUUUUUGUUAUGUUUUCUUUUGUCUUUAAACUUAAGGGAGAAGGAUUUCUUGUUUUUGCCCCCAGAUGCCUAUGCGUAUUGGGGAAGCAACCUUACUUCUUUGCACUUUCAUGUUUCAAUAAAUUGAAUUUUGAGCAA